GUUGUUUUGGGUUUUUACGUGUCGUGAGUGUGUUUCACUCAUAUUGUUUCCUUGUUGCAGGCCGCCAGUCGUGCUGGCUAAUAACUUUGAUCUCAGGUAGAUUCAGACCUCGAUUUUUCUUGCAACCGUGUCAAACGUGGCUUCGUGUCACGAAGCUAAUGCAUCAGCCAUACUUUUAUGCAAACGUUUGCAUAUGAACUGAAAAAAGCGUUCAGGUUUAACUACACACGGUGAUGAUCGUCGAGCUAACCACGUAUUAUAAUGUAUCUGUUACAGCUCUGUCGACUUGUUGCAUUAUUGCAGUACGUGCACGUUUACCACAAAAUACACGGCAGCGGUCUGAUGUCACAGAACGUCCUCUUUCUGCACAAGCGCAAAUACGCAUGUUAUUAGAAUUUUGAGAGUUCAAACUCUGUUGUGAUACCCAAAAUCGCGGUCUAAACUUGCUGUCUAGGUACAAUGCGUUUUCAGACACGUCUCUAGAAGGUUGGAGACCACCAUUCAGCAACCAGAGUAGUAGGAAAAUAUACUUAGAUGUAAAAAUCUUCUAUUCCUGAUUAGUAUGCAGAUAAGUUACAUAUAGAUUAUUAGGUUUAAUUUAAUGAGAUUCAGCUGGCUCAACCAAUGGCAUGAGUCUGGGGGUGGGGCUAUUUUUUUGUUUGACCAGUGGAAGACAGAUAAAGUGUUCAAUAGAAACCUGUUAAGAAACAGUUAUUUACUAUUAACUAGGGGGAUUAAUACACAUUAUUAAAAUUAUUACAGUUUAAGCCUAAUUCGCAACAUAUUUCUUAACCUAGUAUGCUAAUCUAGUUGGAGUAUUCUAAAUAAGCAUCACAUACUAACACGUUUAGUAAUUUAUAUUAAAAAAACACCCAUUCAUCUUCAGGCACAAUGGUGCUGACAGAGAACCUAAGGCUUGACUUACCAAGUCUGAAUUUAUUGAAUCUGCAAGCAAAGGCCUGAAGAGCUGCUGGCUGGAAAAAAUCUGCCCAUCCCUUCCCUCCCCCAAAAAACCUUUACCUAAGCUGCCUUUCAACAUUCUUUCACCCUUUCUGGAAAGCAUUCGCUCUGUCUUUCCAAGAUCCCUCUUGACCUUCCUUCCCCCUUCUUUCUGCUAAGUCUGUUUAACCUAUUUUGUGGCCUCAUUUUAACCACAAACCGCAUUUUCCGCUAGCUAUAAGUCAUGAGAAAACAAACGUGCAACGUUCUUCUGGUCUGUGGGGUCAUCAGCUCCAUCACGGUGUUUUACCUUGGCCUCAGCACAAUAGAAUGUCCAACUGCUCGUUCUCGUGCUGCACAACAUGGGUGGGCGGUAAAUCUACAUGCUGGGCGAAACCUAAGCGACCCGUUACAACUUCCUGAGGAGUACAAUGAGGAAACCCCUCUCAUUUUCGUUGGCGGAGUCCCUCGUAGCGGCACCACGCUGAUGCGGGCUAUGCUGGACGCCCACCCUCUAGUUCGGUGCGGAGAAGAGACCCGCGUCAUCCCUCGGCUGUUAGCCAUGCAGGCCACGUGGAGUCACUCCGCACGUGAACGGGUCCGUCUGGACGAGGCUGGUGUCACCGACGAGGUCCUGGAUUCAGCUGUUCGUGCCUUCCUAUUGGAGAUCAUAGUGGGGCACGGCGAGCCCGCUCCAAGGCUCUGCAAUAAAGACCCUUUUGCUCUGAAGUCACUCUCCUACCUCUCCAAGCUCUUUCCUAAAGCGAAGUUUAUUCUCAUGCUUCGCGAUGGCAGGGCCACUGUACACUCUAUGAUUUCUCGCAAGGUGACUAUCACCGGAUUUGACUUGACGAGUUACCGAGACUGUUUGGUGAAGUGGAACCGAGCGGUGGAGGUGAUGUAUGACCAGUGCCUGGCUGCAGCAGAUGGAAACUGUUUGCCUGUGCAUUACGAGCAGCUGGUCCUGCACCCUGAGCGGGUGAUGCGCAAGCUCCUUCAGUUCCUGGAUCUGCCGUGGGACACCGCCGUGCUGCACCAUGAACAGCUUAUUGGGAAAGCUGGUGGAGUUUCACUGUCAAAGGUGGAACUGUCAACGGAUCAAGUAGUCAAGCCGGUGAAUACAGAGGCUCUGUCUAAAUGGGUGGGCAAGAUCCCUGCUGAUGUGGUGAAUGAUAUGGCCAGCAUUGCACCGAUGUUAAGUCGCUUAGGUUAUGACCCUCUAGCCAACCCGCCAAACUACAACAAGCCUGAUCUUUUAUUUCUGAACAGCUCAAAAAUAGUGAGGUCGAUUCAAAAUUGAAACGUCCACUCAACCUGUGAAUACUUUAAAGCAAUAAAAGUGCGUUUUAUGAGCACGUAAAGACUUGAAUUAACAACUUGUAGUAUUGACAAAACCGAGCCACUUUAAUCAGUUUUGUUGGAAAGGAAAUACAAUUUAUGUAGGACCAUUGUUGCUUGUGGCAACAGUUUCAUAUCGUGAUAUACAGCGUUCUAAAACCUAGUUUUAAUGUUGUGUUGUAAAGUCAUUUUUCAAUUAAAUUUGCUUCAAAUGUUAUGUUAUUUGUAUGCUUUGGUGUUGCUAAUAAUGUCAGUCAGCUGACUGUACGUUGUCUUUUUAUUUUUAUACAUGUCAGUGCAUGCAUGUUGUUGUAGAUGUGUCAUAAUGAGUGAUUAUUACACAGGAAACUAUCUUUGUUGAAAGAGGAAGCCAACAGUUGCACAGUAUUACCACUUUUUAGUUUGUUCUCCUUGACUGCAGGAAGUUUGAAAGCAGAGCUUUCAAAGACAAUCUUAUUUCAUUCUAGGCCUUUUAUUGUGAAUUUAUGAAUUGCGUACUUCAUAAAUGUGGUCCAUAUGCCGUGGAUGAAAUCUCAGUCAUCAACAUUCCUUCACAGUGAAAGUUUAGUAACUUUGGAUCAGUCUGUCUCAUUGCAUGAGAUUGCAAAGCUUGUUGUAACACACACUUUUGUUACUGAAAAAAACAUAUUUAUUAAACGUUGGUUAUUUCUA